GGCUCCGCAGAUUCUUAGAGGAGAGAGAAACAAAGAAACGAUGGGAAAUUGCCAAGCCAUUGACACAGCUUCUUUAAUCAUACAGCAUCCGACCGGCAAAGUCGACCGAUUCUAUUGGCCGGUGAACGCCGGCGAGAUCAUGAAGACGAAUCCCGGCCACUACGUCGCCCUCCUCAUCUCCACCAAAAUCUGCUCAUCGGAAAUUAGCCCUAGCCGCCGCCACCGCCGCCGCGAUAACGACCAAUCAAACGCCACCAAUUUCAACUCCGUCCGAUUGACUCGAAUCAAGCUUCUGAAGCCGACCGAUUCCCUCGUUCUCGGCCAAAUCUACAGGCUCGUCACAACCCAAGAUGUUUUGCAGGGAUUGCGAGCAAAACAGGAAGCGAAAACGAAGAAAAACCCGGUGGAUUCUGGAGGAUCUGAUGGGGAGAAGAAUCAGAUGAUGAAACAUGAAAGAAACAACAGAGUGAUCAAGAAAUCUGUACCCACGGCAUCUUUAACGACCAAAUCAAGAGCGUGGCAACCUUCUCUGCAAAGUAUUUCUGAGGGUGGAAGCUGAACGAUUCAUUGUUUGUGAUCAAGAACAUAAUAAUGAGAAGAAAUUGUGUCCCCUCUUCAGAAGUUUUAGAGUGAGAUUUGUGCAUAGGGAAGGAGUAGUUCGUUACAGAAACAGAACAAAAAAAAAAAAACGAAAAGGGAAAAGAGAAAGGAGUUGAGAUUUCAAACACUGUACUCUGAAUUUCAUUGAGAAAUUGAAAUUGGGUUUGGAACUUGGAAGAUACAAAUAACUCCUACUUGAUUAUGAGCAUUUCCAAUUUUUAUUUCUUUAUAUUGAAUAAUGAAUAUGUAGUUUAUGAGCUGAAAAUUAUGACGA